CGCGCGAGACGCCCAGGGCGCCCUCCUCUCCUGACUCCCAGAGUGCGCGCUGCGGGGCACCGCUGGGGGGGAAGAGGAGGAGGCAAGAAGGAUGGGCAGCAAGGAAGAUGCGGGCAAGAGGUGUCCGGCGGCCGGCGGCGUCUCCAGCUUCACCAUUCAGUCCAUCCUGGGCGGGGGCCCCUCGGAAGCGCCACGGGAGCCCGCCGGCUGGCCGGCCAGGAAGCGCAGCCUGUCCGUGUCCUCGGAGGAGGAGGAGCCGGACGACGGCUGGAAGGCACCCGCCUGCUUCUGCCCAGACCCGCACGGCCCCAAGGAGCCGGGCCCCAAGCACCACCCCCCCAUCCCCUUUCCUUGCCUGGGUAACACCAAGGGCAGCGGAGGCGCAGGGCCGGCGAGCUCUCAACACACGCCUUUCCUUUCUCCUUCGCACCCGGACUUUAAGGAAGAGAAAGAGAGGCUCCUCUCCGCGGGCUCCCCGUCGCCAGGGUCCGAGCGGCCGCGGGACAACGGAGCCGAGCGGCAGGCCGGCGCAGCCAAGAAGAAGACGCGCACGGUCUUCUCGCGCAGCCAGGUGUACCAGCUCGAGUCCACCUUCGACAUGAAGCGCUACCUGAGCAGCUCGGAGCGCGCCUGCCUGGCCUCCAGCCUGCAGCUCACGGAGACCCAGGUCAAGACUUGGUUCCAGAACCGCCGCAACAAGUGGAAGCGGCAGCUCUCGGCCGAGCUGGAGGCGGCCAACAUGGCGCACGCCUCCGCGCAGACUCUGGUGGGAAUGCCGCUGGUGUUCCGGGACAGCUCGCUGCUGCGCGUGCCGGUGCCGCGCUCCCUCGCUUUCCCCGCGCCACUCUACUACCCGGGCAGCAACCUCUCGGCCUUACCGCUCUACAACCUCUAUAACAAACUCGACUACUGACCGGGGCGCCGGCUCGGCGCCUCCCCGCGCGCCUCUGGCCGCCCGCGCGCCUGGCGCGCGCCGCCCGCUCCCAGGGCUCCGGAGCGCGGCAGCGUAGUGCCAGAAAUAUUAAGAAAUACACCAUGUGUAUUCAUUAUCUUUUAUUUAUGGCCUCGGCCCUACUUUUUGUUUUGAUUGUUUCGGGUACUUAUCAGCAUUCCUCAAAGCCAGAUCUCCUGCUUUCUACACCCCAAACAAACCAGUAUGCUUUGAAAACCAUUGUGGAAGGGAUAUUCUCGGGUGGUGGGAAAGGGAGUUUCGGCCAGAUCGACGUUGAUUGGUAGGAAAAAAAAAUUUGAAAAGCACCAACAAAGCCAGGUACACUACUCUCCCCUUCUAUACAUCUGUAUAUACGUACAUGCACACACGGCCAGCCACGCCAGCCCGUGGGGGCUUUGGACAAUUAUCUCAACGCCUCCUCCCGUUUCCCUCCUCCCGAGGAUGGGUAGGGGCAAAAGGGGGAGAUUUCAGAUCUGUAAAUAUUUUUAAAGAAAAUAAUAAAACAUUUUAAGCAUCGUUGCUAA